CGACAAAUACCGAAGUCAGCUAGCUUCAACCAGUGUUUUUUAUGAAUAAAAAGUAAUUAUGUUUAUCACAUUUUGACGAUUGGCAGUAUGCACUUUUUAGGGACUAAGGACAACUGAAUACUACACGGGCAGCAAGGGGUGUUUACUUGGUAGACCGACAAACACGGAAAAGGGGAAAUGAUUCAAAAGAUAAGCAUUCGCAGAUAUAGAGAGGCAGACAUCCUGACUGAUUACAAUAGUAAUUGAACGUGUGAGUGUAGGCGAGUGUAGAACACAGGAAAAUGAAAAAAGGGGUCGUAGAGAAGAAGGAGCGCUGUAUAUCACGGCAAGAUUGCACGAUGGUCGCUGUUGGUAUUUUUGUGGCUUUGGUCCUUGUGGUUGUAACCAUAUUUUCCAUGAACGGAAGUUUUUCUCCAGAUCAUGUGCCAGGAUUUACAUUCCCUACUGAUGGAGAGAUGCUGGACUACCUGCUGGAUCUCAGCCUCAUACAAAAGAAGGAUGGGUUGCUGGUGUCCUGGUAUCAUUCUGCUAACAACAAGAGUGAGAUGGAGAAAGCCUUGAAAAGUGAUGCAAUGGUCCUGGAGGCAGAUGUUAACAUUGAAGGUUACAACACAGAUGGCCAGACAAGCACCCCGAUCAUGGCUCACCCACCUGACAUCUAUAGUGAUAACACUCUCCAGGAGUGGCUGGAUGCUGUUCUGAAGUCAAAUAAAGGUAUUAAGUUGGAUUUUAAAACCAUCGAGUCAGUUGGCCCCUCUCUGGAUAUUUUAAAAAACAAAGCUUUGGAAAGUGGCAUUAACAGACCUGUCUGGUUGAAUGCGGAUAUUCUCCAUGGCCCAAAUGUUCCUGGGUUUAUAAGAGUAGUGAAUGCUACUAGUUUUUUGAACCUCAUUCAGGAGAAGUUUCCCAAUGCUACAAUUUCACCUGGCUGGAAGGUGCUGUAUGUCUCCCUGCUGCCCAAUAAGACAUACACACGGGCCAUGGUGGAAGAUAUGUACGAACUCCUGAAGAAUCUUACCCAAAAAGUGACCUUCCCUAUUCGAGCUGUCAUGGGUAAAAAUGCCUGGCCACACUUCAAAUGGCUGCUGGAACAGUCCCCCAGCUACAGCCUGACAUUGUGGCAGGGAAAGGACGACCCUGUCACUGUGGAGGACCUUCUGUUCAUCCGGGAUAACAGCCAGCCAGAUCAGAUCUACUAUGACAUCUACGACCCAGUCUUAUCAGCCUUCAAAGAAGUGGCAUUUCAGCCAAACAGGAGUAGACGGUUUUACUCCGGAGGAAACUUGAUUGACUACUUUAAGCCUCGGAACUCAGAUGGGAUCUACAUCCAAUGGCACAGCAUUGACAACAGGAUCACACUGAUGGCUUUGCUUAAAGAAGGAGAUGGCGGCAUGAUUGUUGUACCAAUCGGAGAAGCACAAAGCAGUCCUGGGGUUCCAGUGGUAGAUGGCGCAGACUCAGAUUUUCAGCUGCAGGAGUGUUUAGAUCUUAUACUUGUAUCUGCCAAACCAUGGGGCAUAUACCUGAAGAUCAAAUCUCAAGGACUACUCACACCAGCACUCACUUUACUGAAGCAUCUAAAUGAGAAGAAACUCCUUUAUAACCCAACUUGGAUAAACAUGGACGUUUCCUAUGGAAGAUUUGCAACUCCUGGGUAUAUUGGUGGGGAUCAGUUUAUAAAGGAAAUUAACAAGGUGUUUCCAUAUGUAACUAUAGCUCCUGGUUGGCCAAAAGAGCUACUGGUCCAGGGCUAUACAAAGCCUCUAGUGGAAGAUAUGGUAAGUCUUUGUAAGGGUCUAUGGCAAGAGGUAUCAUACCAGCUGAAAGCUGUGCCCCUGGGUAAAUCAUUGUUGGAAAUUCAAAUGCUACAACAGAGUUCCCCUCGACAUUCCUUGACAGUGGAACACCAGAUGGAACAGGGGAGCUACAUGACUGGUUACAAGGGAUUGAUCUUAGUUCGUGGAAGGAACCCAGCCAAAGUUUUUUACAAUCUGCACAAGGACUACAGUAGUAAUUUCGCAAGAGACGUCUUUACUACUUAGAAGUGGAAUGGUUAUGAACACAAGCAGUAAUUACUAUUAAAAAGUGUAAUAUUAUAAAGUCUUGAAAAAUCAAUGUAUGUUCUAGUUAAGCUGCAGUUUUAGAAGUAUUACACAUUUUCAAAGGGAGAUGCUUUUUUUGUUGUGACAAUACAAUUUGAAAGAUAUGUUUGGAAUUAAAAUGGCAAAACCUUACAAACCAGCUAAACAAAUAAAUUAUGUUACCAAAACUUACAAAUCAAACUGUAUAAGGUCUACAAAACCUAAGAUAUACAUCCCUGGCUAAAAAUCGUAACUGCAUUUUCUUGAUGGGGAUUUUUUACAUAGCGCAGUAAUGGUUGAAUUUACUAUGCAGCCCAAGUCACAUGGCACAUGGUUUGACAUUUCUAUUCUAUUUAUUAGAUAUGCAACUCUUGCUUAUUUUAAGUAAGAGGUGGCUCUGGUGGGCUGGGACUAUAGCCAUUUCUUUCUACUUUACUGCAUGGGGUAUUCAACAAUUGUGACACUUUUGGAGCAAGACCAACCAACUUCAUAAAAUGGAUGACAAUUGUGGGUCAGCUUGCAAAUUACAGUCUGUAACACAUCACUUUUCUAUAGAAGUUCUCAGACAAAAAGUUACUGCCCAUAAACAGUAAGUUUACAAUGUUUUAUCAAAUCAGCAUUAUUCAUUGUGACUUCACAAAAAAAGACCAGUUCUGCUAUAGAAAUAGGAGUCCAAUUAUUUUUUAUAUAUAAAAACACAUUUCUAUCAAGUAAACACAUAAACUUAGUGUUUAGGUUCCGUAGUCUGCUGCAAAGAAUACUUCCAUUUUGUCCACAGUCUGUGUCAGCAGCAUGAUCUAAACUACAAUGCAAGUUGAAUCUCUGCAAUUUACUGAAAUUACAGGAUUUGGUACAGUUUUGAUAAACAUCAGAAGGGGCCUGUGAUCGAAAGAGAAAGUAUCUAAGCUGUAAAUCUCCUGACACCAGAAAGGGCGCUGUGUGGGGUUGGUGGUACGUGUUCCCAUAGACGAUACCAUCAUUGGUAGGGAGGCGGUGUUUUUUGUUUAGUAUUUAAAAUAAACAUGGGCGUUCUUUUGGGAGAUAAUUACUGUCUUGACAAUCUCUUUGUACACCGCACUCUUCACAUUCUGAUCACAGGGUCCCAUUCAGACCAUACUGCCAAGGAAAGUUCAAAACAGAUAACAGCUAUGAAGAGGAUGCACUAAGUGGACUUCUAGACAACUGACUUCUUGCAAGUGUCACCUCUGGUCAUGGACUUUAUCCGACUGUUAUCUGUAAUCUCCUUGUAACCUCCAUAUACCUUGCACUUAUUGUUCAGAUAACUUGUCAGGCUAUGGCAGGUUGAAUCAACGAGAACCAACAGCCAAGGUUAUGAAAAUAUUUCACAUUCUUAUCGCAACAGCAUCAUAGAUACCUCAUUAUAAUAAGUCAGAUUGGUAUGUUUGGACCUUAUCUUUAAAAGGGCUUUACAACUCAGAAAUGACAUUGGACUACAUUGACCCAAACCAAAGUUCUAUUGUUCUCAGCAUUACAUACUGUGCCUGUGUAGCAGGCAACCAGAACUGAAGAGCAUCUCCUGAACACAUAGUCCUAUUUACAGAGCAAUAGGCAUCAGUACAUUCAUGCACAGGGGUAAAGUUACAUUAUUGCAAAGUACAGCGUUUUGAAUUUUGAACCUACAUGCAAAGCUUGGACUCCAAUGCAAAAACAAGUAAAUCAAAUACAUGACUACUUUGCUAAUUACACACACAACAAAAUCUAACUUCUCCAUUUAAAGCAAUGGAAGACAAACAGAAUUUCAUGGACGGAUGGAUAGGUUAUUGUUUGAGGGUUAUCAGUCCCAGGCCACCACUUCAACAGCAAGUGAUGGAAGAUUUUUUUUAUAUAUGGAAUAUUUACUUACAUAUGGAACAUCUUUUGUAUUCUUUACUAGGGAACUGUGAUUAAACAAAGAAAACCCACAAACACACAAACACACACACACUAAUUCUAAGCCGCAUUUAUGAUCUGUAUAGGAGACGAAAGAUAAAACCUGUAGAGGGAUAAUAAUUCUGUGUGACAGUAAAUGGCCUAUUAUAAGAAACAGUUGUCCAGUUUAUCCAAUCCCUUACUACUAAACCCCAAUACUAAAAUGAACAGGCAAUGUACAGUAAACACUUUUUUUUUUCUCCUUUGGCACUGCAGAGUUUCCGUUACAACUUUGAAGCAGGAGUGGGUGUGGAAUCCUGGUUUCCUUCAAGGAAUUUGCUACAGGAAGUGAAUGUUGUGCCAAAGCUGGAGGAGAGUCCAGCAAUGUCUCUGGAGAUGUAGGACAGCACUCCAGGAGUAGCCUGGUUAAAAGAAGAACACUUUGCAUACCUGGAGAUAUUUGACCCUGACCUUCAUAGAAGAUGCUCCAAUCAACCCACACAUGUCAAGAGCUCAGUUUCAUGAGUUCAAAAGCUAACAUUAUCAUAUAGCCUAGUUUGUCAUCCAAAGAACCUGUAUGUAUGAUUCCCAUGUUCAAGGGCAGGAUAUGAAGACCACUUUUCAAUGGUUACUUAAGAAGUGCUACACAAAACCAAUAUUUCAGACAAGCUAUCCACAGGCAAGGGCCACUGGUGAUUAGUUGACUUGACUGCUGCUUUUCGUAGACUCUAGAGAACAGCAAUUGACACAAACCCAGGCAGCUGUUUCACUUGGAAGGGCCACUAGGAAGCAAAAUAAGUCAAAUAAAUAAAAUAAUAAUAAGAGGAAGAAGAAUCCCCCCCUCCCAGAUUAAAGCUGGCGAUAUGAGGCAGUGCUUGACAGGUCAUAGUAAACUGACACUUGUACAAACAGACAGACUUUCAACAGUAUGAAAUGCACCCUCACUGUUGCUGAAGUCAGUAGUAUAUAACAUAAUCAUAACAUAAUCAGUCCACUGGGAGAACAGUGAACCAGAGACAGCCAAUGCCCAGAGCAGUUUCACCUUACAAAAACACAUAUAAACAAGACUAACUAUGUGUUCAUGUGUGCUGAACAAGGAGUUCAGUUAUGGUUUGGUUGUAUAGUAACUGUUUGGAAUUAUUUUAUUGUUACAUCAUGAUGUUAUUGAGUAUGGUCUACAACGGUCU